AGUUGCAGACAUUAAGUACAGUCUUCUGGUGAAGUGUUUAGACACUGAAAAUAUCUAUUUGAAUAUGAAGAUUGAUAUCCAUAAUCAUAUUUUACCAAAGGAAUGGCCCGAUCUUAAACAGAGAUAUGGCUAUCAAGGAUGGGUCCAACUACAUCACAAUUGCAAAGGUGAAGCCAUUAUGAUGAAGGAUGAUAAGGUUUUCCGUGUGAUACAAGAUACCUGCUGGGAUCCAGAGGUGCGCAUUCGAGACAUGGACAGAUCAGGAGUGACGGUGCAGGCUCUUUCCACUGUCCCUGUGAUGUUCAGUUACUGGGCAAAAGCCCAGGACACGCUGGAUUUGUGCCACAUUUUGAACAAUGACCUGGCAGCCACAGUGCGAAAACACCCCAAAAGAUUUGUGGGCUUUGGCACCUUGCCAAUGCAGGCGCCGGACUUAGCAGUGCAGGAAAUGCAUCGCUGCGUGAAAGAACUUGGGUUUCCUGGUGUGCAGAUAGGUUCUCAUAUCAACGACUGGGAUUUGAAUACACCAGAGUUGUACCCAUUUUAUGCUGCCGCUGAAGAGCUGAAGUGUUCUUUGUUUGUUCAUCCAUGGGACAUGCAGACUGAUGGAAGAAUGUCCAAAUACUGGCUUCCCUGGCUGGUAGGAAUGCCUGCAGAAACCACAACAGCCAUAUGCUCAAUGAUCUUUGGGGGAGUGCUGGAAAAAUUCCCCAAGCUUAAAGUGUGUUUUGCUCAUGGAGGCGGCUCAUUCCCUUUUACCAUCGGGAGAAUUGAACACGGAUUUCAAGUCCGUCCAGAUUUGUGCGCUGUGGAUAAUAAGACCAGCCCCAAGAAAUACCUUGGCUCUUUUUACACUGACUCCCUUGUCCAUGAUCCACACGCUUUGAAGCUCCUUGUGGAUGUGAUUGGGGAGGGUAAUGUGCUGUUGGGGUCAGACUAUCCAUUUCCACUCGGUGAACAGGAGCCAGGAUCACUGAUAGACUCGAUGAAAGAAUUUGACAGUGCUCUUAAGAAUAAGAUUUUAGCCAGCAAUGCUCUGGAGUUUUUGGGACUGAACAGAAAACAGUUUGAAUGACUGAAGAAACCUGAUCUGUGGGUUUAAAAGAACUACAUGAUCACAAACUCAAUGUUUGACUGAAUAUAACCCCUGAAUUUAUGGUAAAGCGAAUUCUUUAUAAUGUGAAAAGGAUAGAAAUUGCAGUAUUAUCUGAAUUAUAUUGUUUUAAUUUAAGCUGCAGAGAAUAGUUACAUCUUACUUUUUUUCUAUACAGUAUAUGCUGUAUUUUAUUUAUUGAAGAAUGAAAAUACUUAAUAUUAAUGUUUAAUAGAUUUAUGUGCAUAGUAAUUAUUAAGGUACCUUUAAAAGCUAUUUUACAAAAAGUCUUAAGGGGGGCUUGCUAUUUUCUUCCCUGGAUAAAUAAAGUUAAUUUGUAUAAUG